AUGGCGGGCCGGCUGCCUCGCUCUGCGGACCUAACCCGCUUCUGCCAGAAACUCAACCGGGUGAAAACUCUGGAGGAUGACAUGAUGGAGACGACCUUCAAUAGAUGCCUCUCCACCGUUGACCUGACGCUGCUGGGCAUAGGGGGAAUGGUUGGCUCUGGCCUGUAUGUCCUCACGGGCACAGUAGCCAAGGAGAUCGCUGGCCCUGCCGUCGUCGUCUCUUUCAUCAUUGCUGGCUUUGCCUCUCUGCUGGCAGCUCUCUGUUAUGCCGAGUUCGGUGCCCGGGUGCCUAAGACAGGCUCCGCGUACAUGUUCACCUACGUCUCCAUGGGCGAGAUCUGGGCCUUCCUGAUUGGCUGGAAUGUGCUCCUGGAGUACAUGAUCGGGGGCGCUGCGGUGGCAAGGGCAUGGAGUGCCUAUCUGGAUUCCAUAUUUAGUCAUAAAAUAAAAAAUUUCACCGAGACCCACGUUGGCACAUGGCAGGUACCGUUCCUGGCACAUUACCCAGACUUCCUGGCAGCAGGUGUCCUGCUGAUAGCCACAGCAUUCAUCUCCUUUGGGGCCAAAGUAUCUUCCUGGCUUAACCAUGUGUUCUCGGCCAUCAGCUUGGGUGUGAUCCUCUUCAUCCUCAUUAUGGGAUUCAUUCUCGCAGAACCCAAGAACUGGAGUGCCCAGGAAGGUGGCUUUGCUCCGUAUGGACUGUCGGGCAUCAUGGCAGGCACGGCCACCUGCUUCUAUGCCUUUGUAGGCUUUGACGUCAUAGCAGCCUCCAGUGAAGAAGCCAGAAACCCCCAGAAGGCUGUUCCCAGAGCAAUAGCCAUCUCCUUGGGCCUGGCCGCGGGGGCCUAUAUACUGGUGUCCAUGGUGCUGACGCUGAUGGUGCCCUGGCACACUCUGGAUCCUGACUCUGCCCUGGCAGAUGCGUUUUACAGAAGAGGUUACUCGUGGGCAGGGUUUAUAGUAGCUGCUGGUUCCAUUUGUGCGAUGAACACGGUUCUGCUGAGCAACCUCUUCUCCCUCCCCAGAAUUGUUUACGCCAUGGCGGAGGAUGGGCUUUUUUUCCGGGUGUUCUCCAGAGUGCACCCCCGCACGCAGGUGCCCGUGAUCGGGAUUGUGGUGUUUGGGGUGCUCAUGGCUCUGAUGGCCCUCAUCUUCGACCUGGAGGCCCUGGUGCAGUUCCUGUCCAUUGGCACUCUGCAAGCUUACACCUUCGUUGCAGCCAGCAUCAUUGUGCUGCGCUUUCAGCAGGAGAAGUCGGCAGCUCCCCCUCAGCCUGCCGGGAGCCAGCCCAGUCCUGGGCCCAACGAGGGGGCUGGCCCCAGCGAGCUAAAGGAAUACGAAUCCUUCUCGGACAAGCUGCAGCUGGUGGGCACAGACAAAGCCAAAGUGCACCGGGAGCCAGGGCAGCUUAAGGCAGCUUUCGAGCCCUACCUGGAGUUCCUCAGCGACUUCUACCCUGGGGAGGUGGUCACCAUUGCCGUGGUUACCUUGAUGGUGUCUGCCAUAUGCCUGUGCUCCAUCUUGGUAUUUGGCAACACCCAUCUUCACCUGCCCACCUGGAGCUACUCCCUGCUGCUGCUGCUCUUCAGCCUGGGAUUUCUGCUCAGCUUGCUUCUCAUUUGGGUCCAUGAGCAACAGGAGAGCACCAAGACCUUUCAGAUACCACUUGUGCCGCUCACUCCUGCGCUGAGUAUUCUCCUGAACAUCUAUCUCAUGCUGAAGCUGAGCUACAUGACGUGGCUUCGAUUCUCCAUCUGGUUGAUCCUAGGCCUCCUGGUGUACUUUGGUUACGGCAUCUGGCACAGCAAAGAGAACCUGCGUGAGCCCACGUCCCGCAAUGUGAGCGCCCGCUACGUGGUGUUCCCUAGCAGCAGCCUGGAGGAGACGGUGCAGGCGGUUCAACCCAACCCCCAGCCCUUGACGGAGCUGCCGGACAUGGUGACUGAGGAAGCCAAGCGAUGA